CACUCCCUGAGGUAUUUCUCCACCGCGAUGUCCCGGCCCGGCCUCGGGGAGCCCCGCUUCAUCGGGGUGGGCCUCGUGGACGACACGCAGUUCGGGCGGUUCGACAGCGACUCCCCGGGUGGGAGGGCGGAGCUGCGGGCGCCCUGGGCGGGGCGGGUGCGGCAGGAGGACCUGGACGAGGAGACCCUGAACCAAAAGCGCACCGCCCGGAGGCUCCGAGCGCUCCUGGAGGACCUGCGCGGCCGCUGCAACCAGAGCGAGAGGACUCUGGGCUGCGACGCGGGGCCCGACGGGCGCCUCCUCGGCGGGUACGAUCAGGUCGCCUAUGAUGGCGCGGAUUACCUGGCCCUGAACCGGGACCUGCGCUCCUGGACCGCGGCGGACACGGAGGCUCAGAUCACCCGGCGCGAGUGGGAGGCCAGCAGGGAGGCCGAGCGCCUCAGGAACUUCCUGGAGGGCAGGUGCUUGGUGUGGCUCCGCAGAUUCCUGGAGAUCGGGAAGGAGGUGCUGCAGCAGGCAGAUCCUCCGAACAUACACAUGACCCACCACCCCAUCACUGAGCAUGAGGUCACCCUGAGGUGCUGGGCCCUGGGCUUCUACCUUGCGGACAUCACCCUGACCUGGCAGCAAGAUGGGGAGGACCUAACCCCAGACACAGAGCUGGUGGAGACCAGGCCUGGGGGCGAUGGAACCUUCCAGAAGUGGGCAGCUGUGGUGGUGCCUUCUGGAGAGGAGCAGAGAUACACGUGCCAUGUGCAGCAUGAGGGGCUGCUGGAGCCCCAAGUCUUGAGAUGGGUGCCCCCUCCACAGUCCUCCAACCCACGGGGGGUGUCAUUGCUGGCCUGGUUCUCCUUGGAGCUGUGUUCACUUGGUGCUGCGGUGGCUGUAGCUGUGAUGUGGAUGAAGAAGUUCAGAAGGACAAAGAGGAAGCUACACUCAGGCUGCAGGCAGCAACAGUGCCCAGGGCUCGAAUGUGUCUCUCUCAGCUCCUAAAGAAGAGAAAGGAGCAGGACUGGACCCCAGGACCCCCGGUGUUCAGGAGAGUACAUUGCACAGUCCAACACCACAUACCGAAGGCACAAGAGACCAGAGACCCCACUUCAGCAAGCAUAAGAGUCACCUGGACACUCCUGAAGACUCAGAGGCUCUAGAGUAGAUCCUGAAAUUCUAUUAUGAGACCCCUCUCGUUUUAGGGGAGAAUUUAGGGUUGAUUCCAGGAAGGGUGCAAUUCAUUCCUGGGAAAAGAAGCAGGAAUAAAUAACAGGGACUCUGGAGUCCAAGGUUCAAUUCUAAGAGCCUGAAGGACCUUCUUUAUUUGGGGUAUCUGCACAGAUCUGGGAACCAGUUGUUUUGAUUUUUUUUACAUCAUUUUUUAUUUUUAUACAAUGUAUGCAUUUCAUCUUGGUUAUAGUCCCCGUGAAAUUCCCACCAUCCAUUGUAUUUUUUUGUAUUUUUUUUGGUGGUAAAUACCAAGAAGCGGGAUGACUGGAUCAUACAGAAUUAUGUUAUAUAUUUUGUAUAUACUUUUGCAUAUAUUUUGUAUAAUUUUUGUGUAUAUUUUGAAAUAUAUAUUUUAUAUAUAUUUCUUCCCUAUUGAUUGGCAUGAAUUUACAUUCACACCAACAGGGUACAGGGGUUCCUUUCUCUCUGCAUCCUCUCUGACCCUUGUUGUAUCUGGUCUUUUUGUUAUAGGCCCUUCUCACAGAUGCAAGGUGAUAUCUCAUUGUAGUUUUGAUUUGUUUUUCCCUACAAUAAGAGAUGAUAAGCAUCUUUUCAUGUACCUAUAUAUUUUCUUGGGAGAAGUAUCUGUUAGAUCCCAUUUUUAUAAUCAGUUUUGGUUUUUACUGUUGAAUUUUGUUAGUUGUUAAUAUAUUUUGGAUAUUAGAUAUAUGAUGUCAGAUAUGUGAUGUGCAAAUAUCUUCUCCUAUUCAGUAGGUUAUAGUCAUUGAGAUGGCAAUUUCUUUUGCUGUGCAGAAGCUUUCCAGUUUGAUGGAGCCCUACUUGUUUUUUUUUUCUUAUUGCCAUUGCAUUUGGUGUCCAUUCCCUGAAGACAUGUCUAAGGAGGAUGUCACGGGUCAUAAUGACUAUCAUUUCUCCUAUGUAUUUUAUGGUUUCCUGUCUUACAUCCAAAUCCCUAAUCCAUUUUGAAUUAAUUUUUGUGUGUGGUGUGAGGGAAGUCGACUUUCAUUCUUUUGCAUGUAACUGUCCAAUUCUCCCAGUGCCAUUUAUUGAAAAGACAUUCCUUGCUCCAUUGUAAGCUCUUGGCUACUUUGUUGUAAGUUAGUUGUGUAUAUAUGUGUGUGUGUGUGUGUGUGUGUGUGUGUGUGUAUGUGUGUAUAUAUAUGAGUUUAUUUCUGGGUUCUCAGUUCCAUUCCAUUUUCUGUCUGUUCUUAUUCCAAAGCCAUGCUGUUUUGAUUACUAUUGCUUUGUACUAGUUGGAGGUGGGGAGCAUGAUGCCUCCAUUUUCAUUCUUAUUUUCUCAGGAUUAUUAUUGCUAUUU